AGAAAAAUAUAACCUUUAACCGACCUUUUUGAUCUUAUAAUUUAUAUUAACAUAAUAUAAAUCUAGACAAAUUUCAUUUUCAGGUUUAUAUUAAUGGGACCCAUGAUGAUGACAACUGCUACUGAAACUGAACAGCCGUCACAGCAAAAUGCACAGCAAAAUGGACACAGCGAUCCACGAUCACAACUUGAAGACACUAUAGACAAUCUUCUUAUUAAAAUAUGGGAGAUAAUGGUACAAUUAAACGAUUAUAAUCCGAACCCAGAUCAAAAAUGGGUAUUAUCUCAUACUUUAUCGGAUUUAGCUGUCUGUUUUGAUGAUAUACAUAAACUUCAAGAAAAAAUUAAACAUAUUGAAGUUCCAUUAGAAGUGAUAGAAUAUAUCGACGAAGGACGUAAUCCUGAUAAAUUUAUGAUGGAUUACGUAGAAGAAGUGACGGAAGAAAGUGCAUCAAUGAAUGUAAAAAAUGAAGCAAUAAAAGAUUUUUCAAAUUUGCUUCUUGAACAACUUCAGGAAUCAUUUCCAGAACAAACAGAUUUUUAUAAGCAAUGUCAAUCAAGCAAAUCUACAACAACAAAUGGACAUUAAUAGUAAAUUUAAAAUUUCUAUUUUCAUCACUUGUUUACGACAUAUAAUCGAUUAUCAAAUAUAAUAAUCCCACAGCUUUAUUAAAACUCAACCAAAAAAAAAAAAAAA